GUAGUGUUUAACAAGUAUAAAGAUGAAGAUGGAUUUUUAUAUAUCAAAUAUUCUGGUGAAAAUACUUUUGGUUUAGAAAUUUGAAUAAAUUUACUCCAUUAAAUAAGUUUCAUUUUUUUUUUUUCUUUAUUCAUAAAAAUGGAAAUUACACCAAAAGAGUUAAAAGAUGAUUUUACUGAUCUGUUUAAAAAACAAAAAGAAGUCGAAAGCAAUGCAGAAUUUCAAAUCAAGAAAAGAAAAUAUGAACACAUCAAAAUCAAGCCAUAAUUCAAAGACAUUAUCAGAAAUAUUUCAAGAUCCUGAAUUAUUAUCACGAAUUUCUGAAGAAUCUUACAAAAGAAUGAGAAUAAAAAUUGAACGUACUUCUCGUGUUCGUCAUGAACAUGACUUGAUCAUAUUUAGAAAACCACAAGCUAAAGACGUUAAAACAAGACAACUCGUUACAGAAGAUAUUGCCAAUGUAUACCAAUCACUAGAGGAAAUAAUUGAUAAUGAUAAGGAAUAUAUUAAUCCUCUUGCACCAAAACAACGAAAAUAUAUGUCAGAAGAAUUUCAGGACAUUGUUUUCCCUUCACGUUCAUCUUCUGCAGAGCCUUCUACUCAUCAAUCACCAUCUACAGAAGAGAACAGUCAAUUAGCUGCUAAUGAACCUAUAAAUAAUUCUAAUAAUAAUAAUAAUAAUAAUAAUAAUAACAAUAGUAUUGACAAUAAUUCUAAUAAUAAUCUUGCUUUACCGGCGUAUCCAAAUACAGUAACGUCAGUAAAUAAUGAACAACAAGAACCAGAGCGAAGUGAAUUGGAUAAAAUAUUUGAGCAAACAUCAAACUUAAUGAGUCAAAGUCCCUUAGAAACAGUUGGCUCAAAGCAUUUACAUACCUACCUUCCCAGACAGUUUGAGCCAUCUGCACUUAGAUAUGUGAAAGAAGAUUAUAUCCCUACUAAAGAAAAUUUAAAGGAAUGGACAGCUGCUUCACAAGAUACCUUAAUUACUUUUACUAUCUUUAAUGCAUAUAACCCUCAUAUUAAAUUCCAAGAGAUAGAAAUAUUAGGUUCUCAAUUCUUAUCUGAUUUGCGUGAUAGUAUUUACUGCUUAUCUGAUUUUACCUCAAAUCAAGACCGAGAAAACAAGUCAUCUACUGGAAAAAUACUUAAUACAAUACACAAAAAGCUAUCACCUUCCAUAAUAUAUAUGGAUCAUGUAUUUUAUGUAGAUACACGACAUCCGCAUAGCAAAUCAUCUACGACCGAUACAGGGACUAGUGAAGAUUAUUAUGAUGAACGUAUUACUAAUUGGUUAGCGAAGAAGGAAGUGAAUACAGAUAUAUUCACAUACGAGAAAAAGGAAAUGCAGGAUACUUUGAUAGAAUCUAUACGCUUUAAAAUGAGAAAACCAAUUGCAUGGAUUCAUCAAGAUAGCUGUGAACAUUUGAUUCGAGUUAAAGAUAUUAGAUUACUUUCACCUAAUGAAUAUAAAUCAAAAGAUGAAUUUCCACGUACUACACACAAUGUGAAAUAUGAUCGAUUUAAAUGUUCUUUGUGUACUGUCUAUCCGGCCACUAAAGUUGUAUACAAUGAUGUUACCACUGGUUUUUCAACUUGUUAUUUUUGCGAUAUUUGUUUUGAGUCUUUUCAUUAUGGUGACACUAAUGUCGAAGCAUUUGAUUAUAAUGGCACUCCUGGUGGUUAUACUAAGCUAAUGAAAUAAGUACAUUCUUAUAUUUAUAUAAAUAUAUACCAACAAUCUUAUCAAAUAAAAUUGCAAUUACUAUGCGUAUUUUAAAAC